AUGGGCAAUUCCAACUCCAAACCACCCAAGCAAGGCCUCAAAGUGCCCUCCAUCAUCCUCGAGGAAAACGUGGUCCGGCACUUUCUCGCUCCGCACUUGGUCGAUGGUCGCAUUCCGACGCCCAUCGAGGAGGGGGCGUUCCUAGCGGCCCUCGAGGCGUUGACAGCCGUUGAGCCGCGGAUGCGGCAUUACAACACGAGCUUUCGAGCUCGGUCGCUGAUCAAGGCGUGUGACGAGUUCCACGAUAGGCUAUACGCUGUGUAUUGCGAGCUCCAGAACUCUGGAUCCAUCGAAUCCAUUGCGCCAGCAGAACCAGCAACAUCGGAUACGCCAGCGGGAGCUGGGAAUCUGCAGCGUCCCGCGUCCGGGGUCGAUUCAGAUCCUGACCCCCAGCCUAACGCGUUAGCCCCGUCCUCCCAAACGCAACCAUGUCCCACUACCGAGACUACUGUCAGCGCUAUCAGCACCUCCACCUGCACCGCUCCCCAGACCAAAGACGUGGAGGAGAGAUGCCCAUCUAAUGUCGCCGAGGCCGAUGAAGAUCAAGACCAUGUGUGCGCCAAGGUGCAGUCUCUCGAGUCCAAGGUCGCUAGGCUGGAGCGAACCGUUAGCCUGCUCACCAAGAUGAUCGAGCGGAGCCGCAGUAUCAGGCAGAACCUCCAGAAACAGAAUGCGCACCCGAUCAAGGAAGCUAAGGACGAUCAUGUGGAUCCUCCCAAGCCUUCAGACAAGAAUGCAAUGUGA